UGGUACGCCAACGAACUAAACUCGGGAUAGAAACUUUUUCGAAUGGGGGGCAAUAUUAUUAUUUUGGCGUCGCGAGUGGGUUAUUAAAUUUUAAAAAUUGUUACAAAAUGCCAAACGACGGAAUCAUCAAGCUAAAAAUAAACGUUGAUGGGCUACCGUUGUUUGGCAGUUCUAAGAAAAGUUUGUGGCCAAUAUUGAUGCAGGUCGACGGCGAUCUGCGUAAUGAAGUGAUCAUGGUGGCAGCGUAUUGGGAAGGGGAAGGUACGGAAUCAGUUACCAGCGACGAAUUUCUCACCGACUUUGUUGACGAAGUUAAUGGAUUAAUUAAUAAUGGCAUUGUUAUUGAUGAUAGAAAAUUUGAGGUACGUGUUCAAAAUUUUAUCUGCGAUGCGCCAGCGAAGGCGUUUAUACUGGAUAUUAAAGGUCAUACAGGGUACAGUAGUUGUCAUCGUUGUUCGAUUCGAGGCGAGCGAAUUGGAAAUCAAACAUCGUUUAGAAAAAAUCCAAAGGAAGAAACACCGGUGAAUAGAACAGCUGCCGAUUUUUUAAAUGUAGUAGAUCCGGAUCAUCAUAGAAAGAGAAACAACGAAGAAACACUUUCACCUAUCGCCAAUAUUAUCGAUUUUGAUGUAAUACUCGGAUUCCCCUUCGAUUACAUGCAUCUGAUGUCAUUGGGAAUAACAAAAAAAGUGUUAGAUUACUGGGUAAACGGACUGCCAAAAACUGCUGUAAAUAAAGGUUCAAGUAAAGUUAAAAUGACGAGCGAUGACAUAAAAACUGCGAAUACCGUAUUAUUGAGAAUCAAACCGUUUACUCCUGUCGAAUUCCAGAGACGUUGUCGAAACAUUGACGAAUUCGCGUUCUGGAAAGCCACCGAAUUCAGACAAUUUUUAAUUUACACGGGUCCGAUUGUUUUGAGUCAGAUAUUUUUUCCACAUGAUACCUUACGAUGGAAGAUGUAUCAAAAUUUUUUAAAGUUUCACAAAAUAGGUCGUUUGUUGUUAGGUUGUGAAAAUGUCGAAACAAAUGCAGUUGAAGCACAGAAGAUGAUCUCAAAAUUUUUGAAGGAGUUUGAAAAAAUUUAUGGUGGUGAUCUGAUCAGUCACAAUUUUCAUUCUUUAACGCAUUUACCAGAAGACGUGUUACGAUACGGUCCCGCGGACAACUUUUGUUGUUUUCAGUUUGAAAGUUUUUUACAGAAGGUAAAAGGAUUUGUAAAGCAGGGAAACUUACCGUUGCAGCAAGUUGUUUUAAAGUAUAAAGAUCAAAGGUUGGCGGCUGUAAAUCUAACUCGAAAUGAAGACAUCGAAUUUUUCAAAAGGCAUUCAGUGGAUCGAUUCGCAAAAUUAUUUAUUAGUGAUUCGGAUUUAAGCCAUUAUGAAUUGUACGAAAAAUUAAAAACGAAGGAAUUUACGAUUAAGACAAAACCAAAAAAUCCGAUUUUUCAGAAACGAGAAAUGAGAAAUUCGUUCGUGAUUUCCCGGAAUGAUGAUAUCUGCGUUGUUUUAGAAAUUAUUAAAUCCUUAAAAAGUAACGACGUCUUUCUAGUGCUGGGUAAAUUUGAGAAAAAGGAACGUUUCCUGAAGAAUUAUUUCAAAGUGGAAAUGGCGCACUUCAACGAACGGAAACCGAUGUUGUUCCCAUUGAAUUGUAUAAAAAGUAAACUCUUUGCAAUGCCACUUACCGAUGAUGAAGAAACAUUUGCCACAAUUCCGAUAUCACAUAUCUGUCGUUUUGCAGCCCCGGAGUAAACUAUGCCGAAGUUUUAGUUUUUAUGUUUAGUUUUUAUGUGUAACACCAAAAUUUUUCUAUUAAUUUCAUAUUCAACAUUU